GGAGACUUCCUGGGGCCGCCGGGGAGGAUGUCCCGGCCGCCCCCCUCGGCCCCUCAGCCCCAGAGACGCCGCCGCCGUGGCGCCUGAAGCGACCCCUCCCCGGGCGGGACGCGAAAGCUGAGCCCCCGCCUCCGCGCGGGUGGAGCGGGGGAAGGUGGCAGGUUUUACCAUGUGGGCAACUUGUUGCAACUGGUUCUGUCAGGACAGCCAUCCAGAGGAGACUGAGCAGCCGCAGGGAGCCAGGACGCAGGCAUAUUCCAACCCUGGCUACAGUUCGUUCCCUUCCCCUACGGGCUCUGAAGCUAGCUGCAAGAACUGUGGGACCCACUUUGGCAGCACAGCCAGGAAGCAGCACACGUGCUUGGACUGUAAGAAGAAUUUCUGCCUCUCCUGCUCGAGCCAAGUCGGGAGUGGUGCCCGCCUCUGCUAUCUCUGCCAGCGUUUCCGCGCCACAGCCUUUCAUCGAGAAGAGCUGAUGAAAAUGAAGGUGAAGGACCUGAGGGACUAUCUCAGUCUCCGUGACAUCUCUUCUGAGAUGUGCAGGGAGAAGGAGGAACUGGUGUUCUUGGUGCUUGGUCAGCAGCCGGUGAUCACACAGGAGGACAGGACUUGUAACGUCCCUUUCCCCUCAGGCCUUCCUGAGCAUCAGGCCUUCCUGGCCCAGCCUCACACCAGCACAGCACCUCCUACCUCUCCCAACCUCCCUCCGUCACCGGCACAACCCAGCUCUACUCCCCCAGCCCAGGCUCAAGAAAACCAGCAGGCUAAUGGCCAUGUGCCCCAAGACCAAGAAGUGAUAUGCUUGGAGAAUGUAGCAAGUGCUCCCACAGAGGAUGAAACGCAGUCUAUUGACUCUGAGGACAAUCUGGUGCCUGGGCGAAGGGCCUCACUCUCUGACCUGGUGAACGUGGAGGACAUUGAGGCCCUCACUGUACGGCAGCUCAAGGAGAUCCUGGCUCGGAACUUUGUGAAUUACAAAGGCUGCUGUGAGAAGUGGGAGCUGAUGGAGAGGGUGACGCGACUGUACCGGGAGCAGAAGGACCUCCAGCAUUUGGUGUCUGGAACUGCAGAUCAAAAUGGGGAGCCAGCGCCAUCUAGUGGAGAGGAAAAUAUAUGUAAGAUCUGCAUGGACUCACCUAUCGACUGUGUCCUAUUGGAGUGUGGCCACAUGGUCACUUGUACCAAGUGUGGGAAACGGAUGAACGAGUGCCCCAUUUGCCGCCAGUAUGUGAUCCGAGCUGUGCAUGUCUUCAGAUCUUGAUGGCUGGAACCAGGCCCCUAUGUGCCUUAUGGGGCAAAUUGGUUCGCUUGUGGAUUGACUGAGAGAUUUGCAAAGUAUCACCCCAAGGCCAUGGCCAGCAAGGACAGGAGAAACCCUGGGAGCUUCCUGCUUGGCUGGUCAUUUAUUCGUGCCCUUUUCACCAGCACAUUUUCCAUCUCAGUGUUGGGAUCUGAUAGGGCUCCCUUAGCCAAUGGGGAUUUAUUAGCCCUGCUUGGGGCAGAAAUCAAAUGGGUUCAGUCUCUGUUUCAUACGAUCAAUUGGUGACAAUAAAUUUGUGAUGAACACAAACUUCCCAGCACUCAGACCAUGUUGGAGUACUUUUUCCUCCCUUCAAUACAAACCAUAGUUUUUAAGGAUCUUUUUCUGCAAAAUUAUCCCUCAGUAUCCAUUGUAAUUCAUGCCUUUGUGGAGACAGCUCAGUGCUGAUUUUUUUCAUCAUUCAGGAAUCUUGGUUUUUUCCUAUUAUACACAUGGCUCUAUUUUCUGUCUGGCUUCUUGGGAUUAAUUCAGUCACUGCUAAUCUCUCUCCUCAUGUCUUCCUUUGGCUUCUUCAGCUCAAAAGGCAUUAAUUGUCCUCAAGAGUGAGUGACUGGCUAUAGACGCUCUCACUAAAACUCAAAGGACGUGUGCUAUUAAACAAAAGCCAUGAUGUCUUUUCCUGUUCCAUCUGUCAUGUUGUGGGGAGGCAGGGGAAGCCCUGGGAUCAUGGGAUCCAACCGUCCCCAUGGAUUUUGGUUGGCUCCUGUUUUGUUGUUGAGCCCCUUGUUUGGUGCCUUAAUUAGACUGACAAGAAAACAGAAUUUUUAUGCCAGUGAAUCUUUUGCUCAUUGAAAAUGAAUCUUUUGGGGCAGCUAGGUGGCACAGCGGAUAAAGCACCGGCCCUGCAUUCAGGAGUACCUGAGUUCAAAUCCAGCCUUGGACACUUGACACUUACUAGCUGUGUGACCCUGGGCAAGUCACUUAACCCUGAUUGCCCCGCAAAAAAAAAAAAAAGAAAGAAAGAAAAAAGAAAAAAUGAAUCUUUGAAGGUUGUUGAGAAGUCUCAACAUAAGAGUUGAUUACCUGAGUGCAUGAUGGAAAGGUAGUUGUCUUUACAAAGGCUUGCAAUGACUUGUUAAGGCUGCCUAAUUAAGCAGUAUCACUUCCAAGAUGGACUUCUCAUUGUUGUCUCUUUACCUACCUUGGAAGCCGAAGAAAUAUUUGGCUUGCAGAUGAAAGAGAUAUUCUGAGUCCCAGAGAGAGAGAGAGAGAGAGAGAGAGAAAGAGAGAGAGGAGAAUUUAAGUGGGCUUAGAUUUGCCUUGGCCAUCACUUCAGGUGUUGGUGGAAGAAGAUUGUGGGUUAUUUACUUGCGUGCAUUCACUAGCUUGUAAUCGGCUGCCUCGGGAGCAUCUCUUUAGUCCCGUCCCCUUGACUGAAAGGGAUGCCUCCUGCCAGUUCUUUUUGCUUAGUCAGCUUAGUUCUCUUGUCCUCUAGCAUCUUGAUGAGUCGCUGAGACUCAGGUAAAGGUUCUUUUUGUUUUCUAGCUAUAUACUCCCCAUGAAUGUACUCAGUGGGACAGAUACUGUGAGAUCCUGGACACGGCUUUUUCCCACUGUUGGACAGGAACAGAAAGCCUUCAAACUCCCAGGCUCCUGGUUCCCAUUUAUUUUUGUCUCCUGUUGUUUCUGUUCAGUAUUAGCAGGAAGUCUGAGCUGCUCUUCCUUGGCAGUUCAUUUUAAAUCCUGUCCAGUGGCUGAUUAGAGGAACAGCAGUGCAGUGAGCAGGCUCAGUGUUGGCGGAGAGAACCCAGGGACAGCAGCCUGGGUCUUCUGUCUUGAGCCAUUCUAAGGGACUCUCUUUUCUCAGGGGCCUGGGUUAAUGUAGAAAGCCCCUUGCUAAUGCAGUCAAGCACAAAGCAAACCAGGUGCCUCGUGACUUAGCAACUAUGCAAAAUGUAUCCACCUAGAGCCUUAGCAGACCUCACUGUGCAGCCUUGAUCCCUUGAAUCUCAAAGGGUGAAAAUGACUGCUUUGGGAGAUAGAGGUGAAAUAGCUCUCUCCUAAGGAGAAUGGUAAUAUUGGUACGGAUUUUGUGAUGAUUUCCUUUCCCCUAGCUCCCUUUGGAAAGAAGAGACGAGUUCAGGAAGGAACUGUCAACUAAGUACUCAUUUGUUUACUCAGACGUUAGAUCCAGUCUUGGGGAUCCCAUUCAAGAAUUUUCACCUUUUUCAAACCUGAAAAUUUCUGAUGAAGAUUGUGUCUUUCACUGUUGCUGGUUGACAUCACAGUUUAUAGCCCAUAGCAGUUCUGAAAAGAGCUGUUCAGUUGUCAAAUGACUCCGCUGUGAAAUAAGUCAAUAUGUAUGCAAAUCAGUCAUCAUUUAGAGAAAAGCUCAGAGCCGGAAGAGGCCCUUCUGCCCAUUUGUUGGUUUCUUUCUCCUCUGAGCUUGGUAGCAGUGUUCUAGCUUCCAGGCUUAGGAUCUUUCCACAGCUGGAAAGGGACCUCUCCACUGAAUGAGCUCCCCACAUGGUCAUGAAUCAGAGCCCCACCAGUCUUCAGUGUGGUUCAUAUUUGACAGGUAAAAGUGAAAUAGCAUUUGUUUCUCCAGGGGUCAAUUCCUGAUUUACAGGUUUAUUUUAGAAGAAUGUGACAACUUGGCUCCAUUUCUUCAAACCUUCUUGGUGGGUGAUUUUCCAUCCAGGGAAACUCCAAUUUUGUGUUGAUUUUUUAUUUUUACAGAAACUGGGGAGAGGGGGGAGGUCUAAGACCAUGUAUGUCACCCAAGUGAGAAAUUUGAUUUUACUCUUGAAUUACCUCCUGCCUCCCUCUCCACAUCCUGGAUACUUAACUUUCACUGCAACAGCUAAUUACCCUUCCAACGUUUUCUUUACUUUUAAUACGAUUACUAUGAGAUUUCUGGUUAAUGAGACUCUAGAAAACUGUCUGGUUCACAGUCUAGUGGUAUAGACGGAUCCAAACUAAGAAAAAGCUGUAAAGAAAUGAGUGCUUCAUGUACAUUGUAUAAAUUGAAGUCUUUUGGAAGUUUCAGAGCUGCUUGAAGUGGCUGAUACUGAGAUUCUCUCUGACUUCUAGUGGGUGUUAAAGCUAGCCCAAAUGUGUAUUUUUUUUUUGUUACAGAGUUGUGCUUUAUAAUUUUGUAAUAAAGUUGAAAUAUGAUUGAA